CUUGUUGGUGGAGUUGCGAGGGCCUCAGCUAGCGCACCCUUAGCAUUUAUUCAUUUAAUUUGUUUUUGUGUUGUUGUUGUUUUUUCGCUAUUCUGAGAAGGAGUGCUCGCCCCCGUUUCUCGGUCUUCUUCGCAUUCGGCGACCGAAAUGCUGCGGCGGCGGAGGCAAGCGGAAGAAUCAUUCGCGGCUUUCAGGAUGGCUUGCCUCAAGUCGUUCGGCCUCGUCCUAGCGCUCCAGGUUGCCGCAGCGUGGGCCACGGGCGCGACUCCAGCUGCGGGUGCAGCCCCUGCGGCUCCCGCUGCCGCCGCUGCCAGCGGCACGCCGCAGCAUGGAACGGCCGAGAGUGCGACGGCCGCGGGGGCGGCGGCGCCGGCGGCGCCCGGCCACGGUCAAGUCGGCAUGGCACAGCAUGGGGCGCAGCACAAGACACACAAGUGCACCAACGUCAAGCUCUUCUCGGAAUGCCGUGUGAACUGCGAGUACGUGGUCGAAGGCAAGGGGGCCUACUUUAUCUUCACUGACGGCGAGGACGGCGUACCCUGCAAGACCCGGACCCUCGACGGCCAGGUGCUGAGCGGCGCCUGUCACCAGGGGCUGUGCAUGGUCAAGGAUCAGGCGGCUCCCGCACCACACGGUGCUGCGGGUACUGCUGCUGGUGCAGCGGUCUCACCGGGUCCCGCGGCCGCAGCAGCAGCGGCCACGCCCGCGGCUGGUCAUCCGGCCGCAGCCAACGCCGCCCCUGCUCAUGCCGCCGCCGCUGCUGCCGCUGCCAAGCACAAAAAAGCCUGAGAGAGCUAGACUGUGCAGAAGUAUACCUACCCCAACACUGGCCUCCGAGAUUGCCGAGCAGGCGCCUUGCGCAACUCUUCAAUCGUAAACUUCCAACAAUACUCCCUCAGAUAGGCUUCAUGGACCCCUAUACACAUAGACCUGCAGGAGCGAACGGGAGAAGUGUGUACAGUCGUGAUUCUGUGGACGUCACUCGAUAUUGCUCAGCGCGUAAGGGUCACGAGCUCGAGCGAAAGCCAGAGCGUCUCAAGCGGCGCUCUGUCGCCUACCUCUUCGUAACCUCUUCGGUCGUCGCUGCUGACGUCAUUGUCGGCGCCGUGACGUCAGUAGCGGUAACCAGGGUAGUUGCACGGUGCGGGAGCUCGUGGUAGCGGUGCAAGAACAAGGCAAUGGUAGGAGAGAGAGAGAGAGAAAUACAUAAAUAGAAUAGAUUAUAGUGUUGCGUAUAGACUCAGGCGCAGGCUGGUACCUUGCCGACGGCCUGGUGAUGCUGGAUACGUCGGGGGGACGAGGCAUAUAAAAGUACGAAGCAAAUAUUUUUUUUUUUUUACUUCCAGCAUUUGUACCUCAGAGUUGCAGCGCAUUUGCAAAAGAAGGUUCAUUCAACAGUAACCCAGAAAAAAAAAUGGGUCACUGAAUUUGCUGCGGGGUCCUCUCAAGAAGGAAAACGCCUGCUUAGUCCAAAAUUUUGAAAUUUAGCUCAUUCACGUGUCACGUGUGACAAGAAUAAGCUAUCACACCAUCCGAGUGAAUACAGACGUAAACAAGAAAGUCUGCCUCAUGUUUCGUUUCUUUGUGCAUUGCUCAUACAUCGGUUAGCUCCCAAAAACUAUCGCUGGAGACGGCCGAAUCGCACGAGCAGUUAAUUCCAUGAUUGACAUGGAUUGUGCGCGGCAAUCUCGGAGGCUAUGACUAAAUCACUCACGAGACCUUACGAAAGCACAAGAGACGUGCUAUCACGUCGAAUAGGCGUCGUACGUGGUGACCUGAAGACGGGAGACGAAAUUCUCACACGUGCAUGGCGAUCGCACCCAUCAUCGUCGGACUUCAACAGAGUAACCACGCGCCACGUCGUGUUGUACAGUAAUCCGAUAAUAAAGAAGUCGUGAAUGAUUGCUUCGA